ACACUAUUGUUUCCUCAGCUAUUGUUCUCGCCUCCAUGGACAUCUACUUCCUUCCUGUACACUCCUACCACUCUGCUCUCCCUCUGCAAUAACCUCCACAGCGCUCCACGUCCACACCUUCUUCUCUUCAGAUCGAACCCCGCACAGCAGUCAGUCGGUGCAGGCGGCUGGCCACCUCACCUGUACAGCGCAUACCUUUUAUAUUUUCCCAGUUCUCUCCAAAAGUCAUUUCUCUCCAUCUUCAGCAAAAUGCGCGAUCUCCGUCGACAGGCUCUGGAGAGCGGCAAGACCGUUAGCCGCAAGGCUCGUUCCAGGAACAUCUCCGCCGUCUCCUCCAAGGUCAACUCGGCGGUCAAUAGCGCUGCCAACUCAAGGGCAACCUCCCGUAACCCCAGCAGGCAUGGGUCCGACGAGGAGGACAACGACCUCUCUGAUGGUACUGCCUGGAGCUCUAAUUCCAUCGAAGAUAUCCUCAACGGUGAAGAUGUCGACCUCCCACCUGACGCAUGGAAGUCAGAGCUCCACACUCGCAUCGAGCAGAUCGUGGACCGCAAGCGCAGCAGCACCGAGGGCCGCGCCGACAGCCUGAAUGCCUUCGCGCACAUUCUUAUGGCACGAUACGCUAAGGACGACGUUGAGAACAAUAUCGAUGAGCUUCUGCCUUCGAUGAUCAGGAGCAUCAAGGCUGAGACCAGCGAGCGAGAGACCGUGGCUGCUCUGAGAGCCCUCGCUGUCACCGUCAUUACCAUCGACGACGGACAGAUCUACGACUCGGUUGUCGAGCAGCUCAAGCGCACCGUCUCCGAUUCCGAGUCCAUUCAGGCCAAGAUUGGCGCUAUCCACACCCUGGGCACCGCGACCUUCUUCGGUGGAGCUGCGACUGAGGAGACUGAGGACAUCAUGGCUUUUCUCUUGGAGAUUGUCGAGACAGACGGUCGGUCGGUCAACGCUCACGACGAUGCUGGCGUUGUGGUGGCUGCGCUCGAGGAAUGGGGCCUGCUCGCCACCGAGCUCGACGAUCUCGAGGUGGCAACCGAGACAGCAAUCGAGGCAUUCAUCGACCAACUUCAGAGCUCGGACUCGGGCGUUCAGGUCGCAGCUGGAGAAAAUAUCGCCUUGCUGUACGAGAAGUCCUACACUCCUCAGGAAGAAGACGAAGAGGCUUCGAACGAUGAGGAAGAUUCCGAGGACGAGGAGACCGACAAGACAGGUCCGAAGAUGAUCAAACGCUACACCGUCUACCGCCGUACAGAUCAGCUCAUGGACACCCUCGAUGAGCUUGCCAGCGUCUCCACCCGCAAGAUCUCGAAGAAGGAUCGCAAGACUCUUCAUUCUAGCUUCGCGGACAUCCGCAACUCGGUCGAGAAGCCCACCCGUGGCCCCAAGUACAGCACCGCGCUGAACGAAGAGACCGGCCGUAGCUACGGAGCUGGCCGUAUGAAGGUGCGCAUCAACCGCAACGUCGAGGUCCGCAUCGACAAGUGGUGGAAGUUGCAGCGCCUCAACGCUCUUCGACGAAUCUUGCAGGGCGGCUUCCCCACCCAGUACGACGAGAACGAAGCCGUCAGCCGCAUCCUGCCCUUCACCAUGGCAAAGAACUAGGACGGAUCCAGCUGCCUUGACAGAGCACUUCCGACAUAGCGAGCGUGAAGCGUCUCGCGAAUCCUUCCGAUGCUCGGCAUUCCUGUGCCCUAUUUCUUUUGUUCUCACUUUUCACUUGUUACAUUUCGGAACUCUUAUCAGGCUGGUCGGACACGACCGUCGGCAUUUCAUUGCAAUCAACGAACGGGUCACGACAAAAACGGUGUUGGAUGGGCUCUCGUGAAAUGGUCUCUUUUUUUGCAUCGGCAUCGGUUAGGAUUAGGCAUACCCCCUCUUGCAUUGUUGUGUUUAGCCAAUUUUGGCUAGCAUGGGCAUAUAUCUCUGUUCGGCAUGAUCAUGAGCAUGAGCUCAAGCAUACAUGAGCUCACUAUAGGCGGUCUUUUUUGAGGUUCAGGCAAGCAUCGGAUGUGCAGAAUCAAUGAGAAAGACUUUAUUUGAAAUUUUCAGUGCAUCUUUGCGCGACAAGCUCUGUUCUGUGGUGGAGUCG